GGGAAGAAUUGGUCAUUUUGUGGAAAAUGUAUUCCUUUAAUACAGUGUUAAAAGUGCACCACAGUCACAUCAACAUUAAGUACCACUUAAAUAAAAGUCUCACAAACAAACCAAUUAUUAACAGUAAAAUAAAGUAUUAUGCAGGGUGGUCAAUUUCCAAAGAAUAUAUACUUUAUUUUUUAAUAAUAGUUAUAAAUGCAUUUAUGCUUUCUUCACUUUAAUGUUGUAGCCUGUUAAUGUGAAGCUUAUUCUAACUUUAAUUACUCCAGAUAUAUCCAUAUGUAUUUUUUAUUAUUUACUUUACAAGUUUUGCCUCCACUGGAAGAACUUUGUUAUCUAGACUCUGAGUCUGGUAAAUCAUGUGAUAGAGCGAGCAAAUCAAAUCAAAACACAGAUCAUUCCAUUAUGUCCCUUCUUCCCCACAGUGGCUCUGAACUUCCAGACAGCAGGUCUGGAGAUGGAUCUGAACGACGGGCUGUUUGCUCAGAACGCCGGCUGUGGCUACAUCCUGAAGCCUGCCUUCAUGAGGGACGGCAACACUCAUUUCAGUCCGGAGAAAUACGAGGAGCGGCCUGGCUACACACCUAUGCGCUUAUCCAUACAGGUGAUCAGCGGGCAGCAGCUCCCAAAGGUGAACCAGAAAGAGGGCUCUAUAGUAGACCCCCUGGUCAGAGUGGAGAUCUAUGGAGUGCCACAGGACCAGGCCAAAGAAGAGACAAGUCACAUAAACAACAAUGGCUUUAACCCGGUGUGGAAUGAAACUCUAAAUUUUGUCAUCCACACCCCUGAGCUGGCCCUGGUUCGCUUUGAGGUGGAGGACUACGACAAGACAUCCAGGAACGACUUCAUGGGACAGUUCACUCUACCGUUUACGAGCAUACAAGCAGGAUAUCGUCAUAUACAUUUACUCUCUAAAGAUGGAACAGCCAUCCCUCCCUCCUCCCUCUUCGUCAACAUCAGCAUCUCAGAACUCACAAGAAGAAGUCAGAUCUGAGGAUAUGAAGUCGGAUGUGGAGGUCUUGGCUGGGGAAGCAAGAGAAAAACUUCAUCAAACUUGAAUCUGUUAUUGGAUAUUUGCCUUGAGGAAGUAGGGUAAUGGUCGGGGAACAGAAAAGUUAUUUGUUUUAUCGAUUUUUGAUAACCUAAAAAAGCAAUCAGCGUGUCAGAAAUCAGACUUUGUGUACAGCAUAACUCCAUAAAAUAAUCUAUUAGAUUUCUUUAAUAGAGAACUUUAUUUAAAUGUUAUUUAAAUUAGUAUCAUUAUAAAAUAGUGUUGAUGCAUCUCCUUUACCUAAUUUGCCGAGCAAUUACUAAAGAUCCAAAGAUACCUUGCAGUAUUAUAGACAUUUUUUAUAUAGGAAUCAAUUGUGUAUAUAUUCCUGUUGUUAUGGCAAAUGUGUGCAAUUGUCUAUUUAACUUUUUAUGAAAGUAGCCUAAGAGCUUUUUAAAAUGUUGCUGUCUGCAAACAAAGGAACGUUGAGUGCUGCAUGUCUAGAAAAUCGAAAUAUACACGUCUGCCUUAACAUGUAGUGGGUAUGCAGAAGUGAGCUACUGAAAUAACUGAAAGUGUAAUAAUGGAAUGUGAAAAACUGCCAAAUACCGGUAUUAUUAACCUAAUGUUAUAAAUGACUUACAAUUUAGCAUCAUGUUGGUUAAUCUGAGAUUGACUUGAGUUAUUUCUAUUCACUAAUGUACAAUUUCCACAAGAUAAUGUUGUUAAUGAUGUUAUUGUAGAUGUAUGUAUAUAUAGGCCUGUAACAACAUGCAAUACAUUUCCUGAAUUGUUCAAAAUUCAGUCCUCUG